CGCAGCUGCGGCAGCAAACAAGCAGCGGCAGUAGCGGGGUUGUUGCGAGCGAUUCCGAUUUCUCUAACCAAAAACCCUUCGACUUCUUUUUAUAGCUGCUCUCACCCACCAAAAUGCCUUGGACUCCUCACUGUUUCUUUAAAGGAAUAUACGCUAGAUACAACAUCUGGUAGUUGCGGAAAAGAUGACUAAUUGUGAAAUGAGCCGCGAAGAAAAAAGUGUGCCUUGUUUGGAGCUGAAGGGGUUGUGUGCCACAACAUAGGAGUGGAAGCGCAUCGAGGCCAGCAGCUGCCUGUAGCACCAGUUAGCUGGUUAGCUUACAAAGGUUACAGGUGUUUAGGUAGCAGAGAGUCUAACGUAACUCGCAGCAGGCAACAAACUGGGCGCCUGUUUUUUGUUGUAACUUUGAUUUAAAUGUACUUGUUAUGCAUUCCGGUUACCAAACUAAUUGGUGUAACACUGAGCAACAUUGUUAUUAGCUGUUAGCUCUUCGGUUAGCCGAGCUCUGUGUUUACAGCUAUUAUUAGCCACCAAGCUAGCGAGGUAACUUCACGGCUACAUGUGCUUUUUUGGUGGCGAGUUUUUCGUUGUCAACCCGGACUCGACGUGGGACUCAACGUGUGGUGGUUAAGCUUUAUUCAACAUAUUUUUACACAAACCAGUGUGACUUUUUCUCCCCCCGUGCCUGCUCUGGACUGACCCACCCAUACGGACUAUCUAUUCGGGGCCGAUGCUGACAGUUCAGCCCGGACCACGGCAACGCCAGGAGCCGCUACAGCGAUGCAGCCCCAGCAGAUGUACGACUUUUCAAGUGAAGAGAACAGUCACAAGUGGAGAGGCCUCUUCGUGCAAGCUCUAAAAAAGGUACAGGAGCAGGUCCACCCAACCCUGAAAGCAAAGGAGGAUGCCCUGCAGCACAUUGAAGAGCUGAUCCUGCAGCUGCUCAACAUGCUGUGUGUGGCCCAGCCUCGCACAGUGCAGGAUGUAGAGGAACGUGUGCAGAAAACCUUUCCCCACCCUAUAGAUAAGUGGGCAAUUAACGAUGCCCAGGCAGCUAUUGAGAAACGUAAGAGAAGAAGCCCCUUACUUCUCCCUGUGGACAAAAUACACCCAUUACUUAAGGAGGUUUUGGGAUACAAAGUGGACUACCAUGUGUCCCUGUACAUUGUGGCAGUACUUGAAUACAUAUCAGCAGAUAUACUCAAACUGGCAGGCAACUAUGUCGGCAACAUUCGGCACUAUGAAAUCACCCAGCAGGACAUCAAGGUGUCCAUGUGUGCAGACAAAGUGUUGAUGGACAUGUUUGACCAGGAGGAGGACAUCGGCUUGAUGUCGCAGUUCACAGAGGAACCCUUGUCUCUCGCGGAGCUUUCAUAUGAUGAACUGGUGAAGCUUGAAAUCGCAGAGGAGCGGCAGUAUCUGCGAGAGCUCGAUCUUAUUAUUAAAGUGUUCCGGAAACAUUUCCUGGCCCAUCCCAAAGUCUUCACAGACGAGGAUGUCGAGGUGAUCUUCAGCAACAUCUUGGACAUCCACGAGCUGACCGUGAAGCUUCUGGGACUUAUCGAGGACGCAGUGGAGAUGACUGCAGACGGCAGUCCUCAUCCGCUGGUGGGCAGCUGCUUUGAGGACCUAGCAGAGGAGCAGGCAUUUGACCCGUACGAGACCCUGUCUCAGGACAUCCUCGGCAAGAAAUUUAAUGAACACUUCCACGAAAUGAUGCUGAGACAAACGGUUCGCCAACACUUUGGGUCUAAUCCGGGGGGCUUUAAAGAGUGCGUUCAGUAUGUCCUUCCCCAGCUGAUGAAGGUUCCAGUGUACCACUGUCUGCACUACUUUGAGCUACUGCAGCAACUUCAGGAACGUAGCGAAGAUCAAGAUGACAGAGAAUGUCUGAAACAGGCAAUCACAGCCUUGCUCAACCUGCAGUCCAGCGUGGAGCGCAUAUAUGUCAAGCACCAGCCUCGUCGUAAACCUGUUGAGGCCAUUUACCGCCGGUAUAGCCGGCAGGUUCGUGGCAAGCAGCUUGCCAUCAAACGGAUGAUCGAGAUCCAGAAAAGCAUCGACGGCUGGGAGGGAAAGGACAUCGGUCAGUGCUGCAACGAGUUUAUUACUGAAGGGACACUUGUACGAGCAGGUGCAAAACACGAGAGACACAACUUCCUGUUUGACGGCCUUAUGAUCAGCUGCAAGGCCAAUCAGAGCUCACGACUCCCGGGAUCCGGUAGUGGGGCAGAAUACCGCCUCAAAGAGAAGUUUGUGCUUAGAAAGAUCCGCAUUGUGGACCGCGAGGACUCCCCAGAGUUGCAGCACGCUUUUGAACUCAUUUUCAAAGAUGAAAACUCUGCAGUUUUCUGUGCAAGGACAGCAGAGGAGAAAGCAAACUGGAUGGCAGCAUUGAUGGCUCUUCAGUACCGCUCCACUUUGGAUCGCAUGUUGGACUCGAUACUGCAGACUGAGGAACAGCAGCGUCCUCUCAGACUGCCCUCACCCGAGGUUUACCAGUUUGCCGUGCAGGAUUCUGAGGAGAAUAUAGUGUUUGAGGACAGAGUGCAGAGCAAGACUGGCAUCCCUAUCAUUAAGGCCGGCACAGUGGUCAAGCUCAUAGAAAGGCUCACCUACCAUAUGUAUGCUGAUCCCAACUUUGUGCGCACAUUUCUCACCACCUAUCGAUCCUUCUGCAAACCACAGGAGCUCCUCACCCUUCUUAUAGACAGGAUUAAUAUCCCUGAGUCGGGAAAUGGCGAUGAUGAAGUGGCUAUCUGGAACGGCGAUCCGCCAACAACAGCCGAACUCCAGCGGUUCCGAAGGGAAUACGUGCAGCCGGUCCAACUCAGGGUUCUCAAUGUUUUCCGUCAGUGGGUCGAACAUCAUUUCUACGACUUUGAGAAUAAUCCAGACCUGAGAGUUCAGCUGGAGGAAUACAUCACCCAAAAACUUCAACUUCGAGGCAAGUCUAUGAGGAAGUGGGUGGAGUCCAUCACUAAGGUCAUCAGGAGGAAGCUUCAAAUCCAGUCAAACGGCAUCAGUCACAACAUCACCUUUGAGAGCUCGCCUCCUCCCUUUGAGUGGCACAUCUGCAAAGCCGGCCAAAGUGAGAAUUUUGAACUCAUGACCCUUCACCCCAUAGAGAUCGCCCGCCAACUCACACUGAUAGAGUCUGAGCUCUACAGAGCUGUCCGGCCGUCCGAACUGGUGGGCAGCGUCUGGACCAAAGAGGACAAGGAGAAGAACUCUCCAAACCUGCUUCGCAUGAUCCGCCACACCACCAACCUAACGCUGUGGUUCGAAAAAUGUAUUGUAGAGGUGAUGAACCAUGAGGAAAGAGUUGCAGUGUUAUCACGGGUCAUCGAGAUCCUGCAGGUUUUCCAGGAGCUGAACAACUUUAACGGGGUCCUAGAGGUGGUCAGCGCCAUCAACUCUGUCCCGGUCUACAGGUUAGACCACACCUUUGAGGCCAUACCUGAAAGGAAAAAGAAAAUCCUGGAAGAAGCGGUGGAAUUGAGUCAGGAUCAUUUUAAGAAAUACUUGGCUAAACUGAAGUCAAUAAACCCACCCUGUGUGCCUUUCUUUGGCAUCUAUUUAACCAACAUUCUGAAGACUGAGGAAGGCAACCCCGACUUCCUGAGACGUCACGGCAUGGACCUGAUUAACUUCAGCAAGCGACGGAAAGUGGCCGAAAUAACAGGAGAGAUCCAGCAGUAUCAAAACCAGCCCUACUGUUUGAAGGUGGAGCCAGACAUCAGGAGGUACUUCGAGAACCUGAACCCAAUGGAAAACAUGAAUGAGAAGGAGUUUUCAGACUACCUGUUCAAGAAGUCUCUGGAAUUAGAGCCACGGAACGCCAGGCAGCCUGUCCGAUUUCCUAGGAAGACCACGUACUCUCUGAAAUCUCCUGGGCUCCGGCCUGUGCGAACGUCUACCUCUGGCACCCUGAAGGGCCACCCCGUUGCCCUGGAGAGAGAUCUGCAGCAUAAGAUCACUUUCCGCAGCAUCGCGGAGAACGAGCAGGACCCACCUUCGUCUGCCUCAGUGCCCACCUCUCCAAACACACCGACCCCUCCACAGUCAGCCUCCUCUGAUAUCAGCUCAGUCUUCAUAGAGCACGACCUUAACAGCUCCUACAACAGCUCAGUAUUUUCCUGUUCUUUGCCUCCUUCAAAGUUCCAGUCGGUUUCCUGUGGCAGCCUCCCCCAGCUUGUAGAGGAUCUAAAGCCACCUCCUUUGCCUCCUCGAAGGAAAGACACCGUGUCUGAAGCAAAAUUGAGCUCCAUGUGUGACAGCCCCCCAGCCAUCCCUCCCCGGCUUCCUCCUCUGCCAAGAAACCAGCAUCGAUCACCACUCUACAACGGCCCCCCCUUUGACGGACCCCUGCCCAGCCCACCUCCUCCACCGCCCAGGGACCCUCUUCCUGACACGCCUCCGCCGGUGCCCCAGCGGCCCCCGGAAAUCUUUAUCAACUACCCCCUCAACAUGCAGCCGUCACCCGGUGGCCGAUACCACUGGGACCUGAACAGCUCCCCCAGCUCGCCCAACACCCCACCUAGCACGCCGUCCCCUCGCAUCCCCCGAAGGGGCUGCCCGCUCAGUGCCAGCCAAAACAGUUUGUGUCCCGUCCCCACCGCGGCUCCACCUGUCCCCCCACGUCAUAACCCCAUCCCACAGCUUCCCAAACUCCCACCAAAGACAUAUAAAAGGGAGGCCUUACAGCCGCCACUGCAAGGCCUCUCAUUGGUGGAGAACACUGACAGCAGCCAGUGAAUCCGCUUCAUCUCUUCAGCCACCAAAUUCAGAGCUACUGAUCUGAAAGAACAAGACUGCUACACACCCAUCCAUCACCAUCCAGUCCUCUCAGGAGAUCAGUAGCUCCGCCUCCACCACAAACCCUCUGUGCCAAUGACGAAACCCACACCGGUGUGCCAGCCAAUAAACAACAAGGAGCAUUUGCAUUUGUGAGGAGCGAGAUGGCCUGUUCACGCUUCACCUGCCCCACAGCUCCACGCAUCUAGAGGGGAGUGGGUGGGUGCUUCUUGGUGUUCUUAGCCUCAGUUGUGCUUUCUUUGUUUCUUUUGGGCAUUGACAUCAUCCGCAUUCCCUCUGCAGCUCGGUUUUACGACCUCAAAGAUCCUCAGAAACGUAGUCCCUUCACAGUGGGUGUGAGCAGCAGAUUUGCUUCGCUUUGCUUUUCCUACUAACUGAAGACAGUUGCCAAAGUCUUAUUUUAUGCAGGGGCAUAAGGGAUCUUCUUUUAAUUUUUAAAGCAAUCCUAACACUAAAUAAAACACUACAAGGAGCUGAGUCCCCCACUUUGUAUCUCAAGCUGUACACUGUGACUGUAAAGUAGCACGUCAAACUAUCUUGACUGUUUUGGGGGUUUGUUUGUCUGAAGCCUCUCUGCAGCCACAAAAAUGUUGCCUUUUAAAAUCCAACAGCGGUGACCUCUGACCCCAAGGCUCCAGUCCUAUUGGCCCAGAUGGAUACAACAGCUGAGCCAAGAAUACUGUUUGCACAAAGUUUGGGCAGAGUCAGCAGGUCUUGAUUGGACUAAUGAAAAGUGAAAAAGAUCUCUUUGUGCUCAGGACAGAGGGAGGUCUGCCAGGAUAUCAAACAGCAGCGGGAAUCUCACUUUUCCCGCUCUUCUCAAGCCCAAUGUCUUAACCGAUUCCCUCCCGGACGUACACUGCUGUCCGACACUGUGCUCCUCUUUCCCUCAACUUUGGAAGUUUGGCUUCUUGAUUUGUGUUAAAACCUUUGCACUGGAAGCAUGCGUUUUCCCACCAAAGCUGGGGUCAGCCUUCCCUCCCUCCCCAGUGGCUGCUCCUGAUGCCUAAAACCCACAAAAAGAGGAACUUUUUAACCCAACUUCUUUAUCCCUUGUUGUUUUUUUUCUUUUGGCUUGAAGCAUUUUGUUUUUGUUUUGAUAGACUGAAAUAAUCCAUGCAUCAUGCUCGGAUGUGCCUUUUUAGUUUGUUUUCUACUUUACGGAAAUAAGCAAAUGGUGUCUAAAAUGCUUAAAAAUAAAAGUUGCCUAUGUAAUGUUUAGAACAAAGCUAUACACUAUAAAAUUGUACAUGUUUGUUCAUGCUGUGUAUAUAUAACAUGUAUACACUAACUAAGUCAUUUGUAUAAAGUGAAAAUUCUUUCCCCCGUCUUAUUGUACCGUCAUCCACCUUUUUCAGUCAAAUAUUUCAUAAGAAUCCAGCGCUGCUACAGUCAGCUAAAAACAAAAACUAAUUUGCAGACAAUCUCCAGUUCAGCCACUGCGAGUAUUUACAAAAAAAGCCAUCCCCCCCCCCCCCCCCCCCUACCCCUGUAGUGCUUUAAAGCAGUGGAAACUAUACAGUUUAAUAUACCAAGCACUUACAUAGACAUGUGCUUCACUUUGUACAUCCUACUAAUGGCCUUUUAUCUCCUUUUCAAAGACUUUUUAAUGCUUAUGCUCAUCAGAAGUUGGAGUAGUAUUAAAGUUGCAAUGAAAUAUAUUCAGUCACAAGUUUUGGCGCAUAGUUAAGAAUUUGGGUUUCUUCUUUCUUUUUUUUCUUUUUUUUUUUUUUUUGGGAGUAACACACUUUGUGCACUUUAGGCUGCAGGAAUGUUUGUAAAUGCAGUGACCCUGUGCAACAUGGAUCAGGGCAGGAAAAACACAAGUCUACCACAUCAUUUUUCAAUCCCAAACGCUCGAGGGUGUCUGAUCACCACAAACAACCCUUAAAAAAAAGACCAGUUAAGCUAAGGAUGAUGGAUAGUCAAUAUUUUCAAACUAGUACUGCAAAGCGGUGUUUGGGAGGAUUUUCAUUCUUAUUUCAUGUGAGAUCACUUUUGACUCGUAUUUCUGUUCCAUUUCCCAAGUUUCCCAUGUCAGUAUUGAUGGGGUUAAUCUUACCAAGAUUUAUUUUUCAACCCCCCACCCCACCCCACCCCACUCCCAUCCUCAAUAAAUUAACUGUUAUGUUCUCUGUUGAUGGCACUGUAACAGCUUUAUCCAGCAAUCAGUUUGUUUGAUGAUAUGUGGCCUUUUAACUGCCUUGUAUUAAUGAUCUUGAUGAGAUUAAUAAAUCACCCAGUCUUAUUUUGUACUGAA